UGUGUCCCUAAACUAAACCUUAAGCUCCGGGAGGACUACACGGGGCUGUCCUUGGUCACUGCUGUGUCACUGGCACGGACUCGCACAGGAUCGGGAACAGAGGAAGCGCGUGGGGGGAAUAGGUGUGGAGUAAAUGAAUGAAUGGGGAAACUGAGGUCAAGUCAAUGGCUGAGUUGGGAUUCAAACUUAAGCCUCUCAGUACUGAGAGGAGGGACCAAGUUGGAUCUCCUGCGAUCUCUUCUCUACUGAGCCCUGCCCGGGGCCUGGGCACACAGAAGCGCUCAAUAAAGACUUUAGAACUGAACAGUUUGGGAGCCACACCCUCUAAGUUACACCUCUCUUCUCCCACGACCUCCGCGGUCCUCCAGGACCAUAGAGAGUUGCACAGGGAUCGCCCUGCUGUAUGCUCUACUCUCCUGGGGAGUGGGGCCAGAGAGGCCGGAAGUGCGGCGAGCCCUGGGCCGCGCUGGCCGAGCUGGCGGUGGGCCGCCUCGAUCCUCCUCCAGUCUUUCCCCUAAGGCUCCAAGAACCUCAGGCCAAGCCUUUAUUCAAAUCCACAAAGAGCCUUCCCACUGUGGACACCUCGGCUCAGGCGGCCCCUCAGACCUAUGCUGAAUAUGUCAUGUCACGGCCUCCAGGAGGGCCUGAGGCUUCGUGUCCCACAGGGUCAGAGACACUGGCAGGAGAGACCUGCAACCAGGCCCUGAAACCAGGGGCAAAAUCCAACAGCAUCAUUGUGAGCCCUCGGCAGAGGGGCAAUCCCGUACUGAAGUUCGUACGCAAUGUGCCCUGGGAAUUUGGCGAUGUAAUCCCUGACUAUGUGCUGGGCCAGAGCACCUGUGCCCUGUUCCUCAGCCUCCGCUACCACAACCUGCACCCGGACUACAUCCAUGAGCGGCUGCAGAACCUGGGGAAGAACUUCGCCCUUCGGGUCCUGCUCAUCCAGGUGGAUGUGAAAGAUCCCCAGCAGGCCCUCAAGGAGCUGGCUAAGAUGUGCAUCCUGGCCGACUGUACGCUGAUCCUCGCCUGGAGCCCUGAGGAAGCUGGGCGGUACCUGGAGACCUACAAGGCCUAUGAGCAGAAACCAGCGGACCUCCUGAUGGAGAAGCUAGAGCAGGACUUCGUCUCCCGGGUGACUGAAUGUCUUACCACCGUGAAGUCAGUCAACAAAACGGACAGCCAGACCCUCCUGACCACAUUUGGGUCUCUGGAACAGCUCAUUGCUGCGUCGAGAGAAGAUCUGGCCUUAUGCCCAGGACUGGGCCCUCAGAAGGUAAGAGCUCUGGGAAAGAACCCAAGGAGCUGGAGGAAGGAGGGAGCCCCAAAUAAACACAACCUGAGACCCCAAAGUUUUAAGAUGAAAAAAGAACCAAAGGCCAGGCACUGUGGCUUAUACCUGUAAUCCCAACACUUUGGGAGGCUAAGGCGGGAGGAUUGCUUGAGGCCAGAAGCUGGAGACCAGCAUGGGCAAGUGGACAUCUCAUCUUUACUAAAAAUAAAAAAACUAGCUGGG